AUCCAUGGUCAAUGCAAUCAUCGCAAACUCAGCAACAACAACAAUCAUCAUUCCCUCAACAAUCAAUAUCGAUGGACAUAGAUCCAUGCAUAGAUCCAUGGUCAAUGCAAUCAUCGCAAACUCAGCAGCAACAACAACCACCAUUCCCUCAACAACCACAACAAAUACUAGUUAAUGUUCAACAGCAGCCGCAACAACAACCACCGCAACCAUCACCAACGCUGCAACAAUUACAACAACUAUCACCAUUUUCUCAACCAUCACAACAAAUAUUUCAGCAGCAGCAACCGUCGCAACCACAAUCACCGCAACCAUCACCAACGCUGCAACUAUUACAACAACUACCACCAUUUCCUUAA